UUUCACUACACGGAACACGUAAGAAUGCGCAUGCGCUGUGUCAAGUCUCGACAAGGUCCGUUAGUUUUGGCAAAGGGUGAACCGCUGCGCUUAUGCUGGGGACUCGUAGGUGUCUGUCCGCGCCUUUCCCACCGGGAUCAGUGUCUGCAAAGUGCCCACGUAACCAAGAGACAUGGCCGAUGAAGGACAAACGCCACGAUAUUCCUCUACGUGUAGCGGCAGCAACCAAGUAGUUCAGGAAACAAACCAGGCAAGCUCGACUCAGGACAAUGCGAGUGAGGACCCUCAAAUACGGCCGGGAGCAACACCAGAAGCAGAAAGACCAUUGCUCACAACGUCAGCUUGCAGCAGUGACACAGCACAAACGGGCACAAGCAGCGCAGCGAUUCUGCAGGAGAGUGCGGGUUCCGAAAAGGUUUGGGCUGACAUGCUGAAGGAUCGGUACGAGAAGACCAUUGGGAACCCUCAAAGUGCGCACCGGCCUGGAAAAAGUGCCGAAGCAUCGAACCAACCGCAAGGAAACCCGGCCGAUGACAAAGCCUGGGUGUACUCCUUCUGCAUGAAGGGAUUUACCUGUGCGGCCAACCCCGAGAAACCUAAGUACAGAAACCUCACCGAUGGAAGACAUCAAUGGCCUGCAUGCGUCCCCAGCACAAGCCGUGCGGGCAUGCAGACAGCUGUAUCCACUGGAAACAACGCGAGGUAA